UGGAAAAAAACCGGACCAUUGGAGUGAACGGAGUUGACGCAACUCUUUCUCUCUGUGGCUCUGAGGAAUACGCAGCAGCAGCAAAAACAAUGGCGUCGCAUUUCAGUGGAGUGCUUAAGCUCACGGAUCUGGAUGAUUUUAUCACUCCGUCUCAGGCAUGUGUGAAGCCUGUAAAGGUGGAAAAGAAGCAGGGCAGAUCCGUGGCUAAAAUCCAGAUAGAAGAUGAUGGCAGUUAUUUUCAGGUCGAUCAGGAUGGUCAAAGGCAAAAGUUGGAGAAAGCGAAGAUUACUCUAAACGACUGUCUGGCUUGCAGUGGCUGCAUCACGUCUGCGGAGAGUGUCCUGAUCACCCAACAGAGUCACGAGGAACUGUAUCGUGUGCUACGUCAAAAUAAGCAGGUCAGCAGUAGCGAGCAGAAGGUGGUGGUGGUGUCUGUGUCUCCUCAGUCGAGAGCCUCUCUAGCAGCACACUACGGUCUCAGCAGCAGCGAAGUGGCUCGUAGACUCACCAGCUUCCUGAAGAACUUGGGUGUCCAUCAUGUGUUUGACACCGGCUUCAGUCGCUCAUUCAGCCUGUUAGAAAGCCAGAGGGAGUUUCUAGAGCGAUUCAGACGGAAGGAAGUAGACAAGAAGGCUCUACCGAUGCUGGCGUCUGCCUGUCCAGGCUGGAUCUGCUAUGCUGAGAAGACUCAUGGUGAAUUCAUCCUCCCGUACAUCAGCACGACCCGCUCGCCGCAGCAGAUGAUGGGUUCUCUGGUCAAGGGCUAUUUCGCCUCUCAGAAGGGUGUUUCACCACAGCAGAUCUACCAUGUGACCGUGAUGCCCUGCUAUGAUAAGAAACUCGAGGCUUCCAGACCAGACUUCUACCUCAGCAAGUACGAGACCAGAGAGGUGGACUGCGUCAUCACUUCAGGUGAAGUUCUGAAGAUGUUGGAAGAGGAGAAUGUGUCCUUGAGGGACGUGGAAGUGGCACCUUUAGACACAAUGUUCAGUAACGUAUGUGGGGAGGAGCUGCUGGGUCACGCAGGAAGUGGAUCGGGAGGAUACCUUCAUCACAUCUACAAACAUGCUGCCAAACAGCUGUUUGGGGUUGAAGUAGAUGAACUCACUUACAAGACAAUUAAAAACAAAGACUUCCAGGAAGUCACUCUAGAGAAGGACGGUCAAGUUCUGCUGCGAUUCGCUGCUGUCUACGGCUUCAGGAACAUUCAGAACCUGGUGCAGAAGCUGAAACGCGGAAAGUCACAGUACCACUUUGUAGAAGUGAUGGCAUGUCCAUCAGGAUCUCUGAAUGGCGGAGGUCAGCUGAAGCCUUCAUCAGAUCAAACGAACAAAGAGCUGCUGCAGCAGGUGGAGGAGUUGUACCACGGUGAACGUACCUCGGUGCCAGAGCAGGACUCGCGAGUGGCUGAACUCUAUCAGAGCUGGUUAGAGAGCGUGGGAAAGGAGAUAGCCAGACCGCUGCUGCACACGCAGUACCACGCCGUAGAAAAAAACACCAAUGGACUCAGUAUAAAGUGGUGAGGAGACACGAGACACUGAUGAACCAUUUAAGUUGUUUCUUUGCCUUCCGUUAAAUGUUUGUCGAAGUCAAGUUACACUUUAAGAUGCAUUUAACACUACACCAGCUAAACACUUCUAGACACGCCAUUAGCAAAUAUGAUUAUGUUUUUUGUUUUAUUUAUUUAAUUAUAUUUCCUGCUUCUAUAAAGUAUCCGCUGGAAAAGGUUGGGGUCGGACUACAAAUCAAACCGGUCUUUGUGUCUUUUAGCAGUAGGCAAUUUUUCUAUGUCCAUGAAUGUUGCCUUAUGUUAUUGUUUUCUUUCAUGUAUUUGUGAGUUUGUUUCUUUGAAAGUGUUGAAUGCAAAAAAACACAAUAGAUGUUACUAUGCAGUAUUCACUGAAAAUUAUACUUUUUCUUCUUUUUUAACAUAUAUUUUGAUUUAUGAUG